GCCUUGCUGACACUGCUUCCUCUCAACCUGGGGCCACCUUCUCCAGGCUGUGGUCUCUCCAGCGCCAGCAUGUCACUCUCAGUGCAGAACAGUGAACUGUCCAGGCGGCUGUCUUCCCAGAGUGGGACACUGGGCAGUGGUUAUGGGGGAAGUGCCCUUGGCUUUGGAGGCAGCUAUGGGGAAGGUUUUUCUGCUGCUUCCAUGUUUGGUUCUAGUUCUGGCUUUGGUGGCGGCUCUGGAUGUUUCUUUUCAGGAGGACUGGGCACUGCUAUUGGGGGAGUCCUGGUGGGGGGCUUUGGAGGCCUGGGGAUUGGAUUUGGAGGAAGCCCAGGAGGUGGCUCUCUAGGUAUUCUCUCUGGGAAUGAUGGAGGCCUUCUUUCUGGAUCAGAAAAGGAAACCAUGCAAAAUCUUAAUGAUAGAUUGGCUUCCUACUUGGAUAAAGUGCGAGCUCUAGAAGAGGCUAAUACUGAGCUGGAAAACAAAAUUCGAGAAUGGUACGAAACACGAGGACCUGGGACUGCAGACCCUGGGUCACAGGAUGAUUAUAGUAAAUACUACCCACUGAUUGAAGACCUCAAGAAGAAGGUCGCUUCUGCCCACAUCGGAAACGCCCAGCUCAUUUUACAGCUCGACAAUGCAGGACUGGCUGCCGACGACUUUAGAACAAAGUACGAGAACGAGCUGGCCCUGCGCAUGAGCGUGGAGGCCGACACCAACGGCCUGCGCCGGGUGCUGGACGAGCUGACCCUGGCCAGGGCCGACCUGGAGAUGCAGAUCGAGAGCCUCGCGGAAGAGCUGGCCUACCUGAGGAAGAACCACGAGGAGGAGCUCCAAAGCUCCCGGUCCCACGGCCCGGCCCAGGUCAGUGUAGAAAUGGAUGCUGCCCCCGGAGUGGACCUCACCAGGCUCCUCAACAACAUGCGGGCACAGUAUGAAGCCAUCGCUGAGCAGAACCGCAAGGACGCAGAAGCUUGGUUCAUGGAAAAGAGCAGGGAGCUCAAGAAGGAGAUCGGCACCAACACGGAGCAGCUUCAGUCCGGCAAGAGUGAGAUCGCCGACUUGAGACGCGCCUGGCAAAACCUGGAGGUUGAGCUGCAGUCCCAGCUCGCCAUGAAGAAAUCCCUGGAGGACUCCUUGGCCCAAACCAAGGGCGACUACUGCGGCCAGCUGUCCCAGGUGCAGCAGCUCAUCAGCAGCCUGGAGGAGAACCUGCUCCAGGUGCGCGCCGACUCCGAGCGCCAUAGCGCCAACCACCAGCAGCUGCUGAACGCGAAGGCCCGCCUGGAGCUGGAGAUCGAGACCUACCGCCGCCUGCUGGACGGCGACGCACAAGGUGACGUUCUGGGUGAAACUUCUCCUGGGACAGACUCCGAAUCUCAAGCGCAGCCCACGGAUUCCUCUGAAGACUCUACCAAUACCCAGAAAAUCAAGGCAAUUGCCCACACUGUGGUGAACUACGAGGUGGUCUCAUCCCAAGUUCAGGAACUCGAAGAACUAAUGUAAAAUUUCACAAGAUCUGCCUGCCCCAUGAUUGCUUCCUUAGGAACAAGAAAUUUACAAGUAGUUAUUCCUUUCAGAGUAAGAUGCUAUAUUAGUUCACUCUCUAUUUUUGUCUGUUUCAUUUUCUCUGGAUUCCGAUUCACUUUGAGUCCUUUUUGAAUUGAAACAGUAUUUAAUUAUGAGUCAUCAUGGCCAUGCCAGUCUCUAUAACAAACCCAAAUUUCCUUAUAUCUUUCUGGAUAUAGUCUUUUAAUAAACUUUCUUCUAGUGAUUUUAAUCAAAGGACCUUGAUCAAGUAGUAUUAUUUUAAUAAAGUUCAUUUUAAAAUAUGA